UGUUGGCUGGAGCUGAGGAGGGAGUUUGGAAGGGGUAGAUGUGGUUGGAAUAGUUUCAGCCAGGAAGUAGGGGCGCUGGUGUUCCAACUGCUUCAGUGUGUGCGCGUUAGCUGGAGAGUGAAGUAGUGAAAGCAUGUUCGAGUUUGACUUAGGCAACGAAGAGCUCAUCAAAUGGUUGUUAAGUUGUUGCCAAAGAAAGAGAAGGCGUCUAGUGUGGCAGGUGCAGAACCAACUUGAACAGAUGGGCGUAAGUGAAGAGUCUGUGAAGAGUGCAUUGGAGCAGUUAUCACAAGACACCAAAGUUUACCUGCAGAAGUUCACAUUGGAAGAAAUAAGGAUGUACACCCAACGGCAUGAUAACUAUGAAGGAGGAUACAGAGGUCACACGGAAUGGUUUCAUUCAGCAGAAGGGAGUUGGCCACAUUCUGAGAAGCCUUCAUUCCGUAAUGACUGUUACCGCAAGUCUCACAACUCUUGUGAUUCAUUCGUCUUCUCCCAAGGAUACCCAGAACCUCUUCCUCGAGAAGGGAAUGCAGAUGUGCACUGGCAAAGCAGGUCGUUUCAGUAUGCAGACUCCAGGAGAUAUUCUGAAAGAGAGAACCAUUAUCACCAGCCUUCUCGAUAUGGUACCUGUGAUGCCUACAGCUAUCGUUACAGAUGCAGGGAGAAUAACGUGGAUAGACACAUGAGGAAAGACUUUUAUCGAAGGAAAAGAAAAAUAUACCCAGACCAUGACAGUGACGGAAGGAGAUGGAAUGUGUGUGAUAGAAAGAUGCAGAAAGUUGAAAAGCAGAAUAUUAAAUCAUCUGUGUCUGAACCAAUUAAUAAUAUUAUUUCUGAAGAUUCGAAGGACAGUGAAAAAGUGGGAAGUGAAGUGGAGAAGGAAAGACUGUCUAGUUCAAAAGUCCAUGAUUCUGUUGCUUGUUCAGGCAUUAAAACUGAUGUGACAGAUGUGGUCCGCACUAGUGAGACUUCAGAUGUAGACGAACAGACACAUAGUUCCACAGUCAACGAUCAGACAGAAACAGUGGUACCAUAUGAAUCUGGUAAAGAUUGUGAUACUAAAGGGAAAGAAUCUAGGGCAUUGAUUGAGGAGAAUGGGAAAGUUUGUGACAAUGGAAAUGGGGAAGUACUAGAGGAAGGAGUGACUGCAUACAAAGCACAGUCGAUAUCCAUAGAGGGGGGAAGUGUAGUAAUAAACAGGAAUAGUUCUAGCACAGAGGAGGAUGAAGAUCAUUCUUCUCAGAGAGAAGUAAUCGCUGUUGUGAAUAGGGUCACAACAGAAGUGAAUUCUGAACAGAACACAUUAGAGAAAGAGGAACCUCAUUGUGUAACAUCAGAAGCAGAACAUCACUCUAAUUCAACACCAUCAAUCACUAAUGAAGAAGUGUCCUCAGUACAACAAGAAACCAAAGAAACCAGUGAUGCCUCAAAUGAGUCUCAUGGUGACUUCCUUGGCAACAGUAUUCAGACUAGUCAGGAUGGAAACUAUACUGACAUUGAUGAAGGGACCAAAGACAGUGCAUCACGAAAACUAAGCAAAAAAGCAGAGAAGAGUGAACAUGAGAUUAGAAAGUCCCAAACAGUGUCAACAGAUUUUAAUGAUGAUAGUGUUAAUGCGUGUGAAAAAGCUAAGUACCCGUCAGUUUCAUGUAAUAACCCUCAUUAUCAUAAGGAAACUGCAUCAGUACAAAACCAUACUUGCAGAGGAAGUGGAGUUGUUGACUGCAAGACCAAAGUGACUGAAGUUGGAAAAACUCCAGGGCAGUCUUUGGGGGAAUCUGAGCACACAGAUGAAACUCAGAUUUUGGAUAUCCAGAGGAGAGUUUCAGUGCAUGUUCCUUCGGAGCACAAAGGUCGUGAAAGUUCUCAUUUGAAAAUACAACAGAAUCAGCAGAAUUUAGAGUCCAGGAUAACUGUUGAAGAUGCAUCCCAUCAGGGUAGUAAGUUGCAGUUUAUGGUGUCAGAAAUCAGGGAAGCAUCUCUUGGUGACAAUGUGAAGUAUAAAACAGCUGAUGGUAGUUUUCAUAGAAAUAAUAAGCGAUGCGGCACUCUAAUUGAAAAUGCUUCUGUUGCUAAAUCCUUGGAAAGAGAAGUAAAAUCUUCAAAGCAUUUAGUUUCCAAAGAGAAGUGUGGAAUGGACCACCCCAACAGUAGUUUGUCUGCUGAAAGAAAUAAACAUAUGAGAAGUGUGACAAAAUACCCUGGUGUUAGAAGAACAGCUUUGCAAUAUUAUACUACCAUUGAUGAAUAUUUUGGUAAGAAUUAUGGUAAAAGUGAAGAUGAAAAUAACCAUAAUACAAAGGAUUCAGCUGAAAAUUUGCGAAAGAUAGAAUGUACAGUUAACAAUCAGCAGAAGUUGGUUUGUGAAAAUAAAUUUCCAGUAGUAAGGAAGAACCUUGAAAAAUAUGAUGAAGUGGUAAAAAUGCGUACCUCAUUAUCAAAAAGCAAAGAAAAGUUAGCUAAGAUGUCAGGCAGUCAGCAUGCAAGUAAGUGUUCAAUGAAUGUUAAAAGAAGAAGCAGCGAACCUUGUGAGUUGCUUUCUAAAAUACGUAAGAAGAGGCGGUUCAGUUAUGGAGGAGGAGAAUCUGUAGUAAAGGGGGCAGAAAUGAGACCCAUGGGAAAUGAUAUGAAGAGUAGAAAGGGCGAUGAGAAAAUGUUGGAAAUUGAUAUUCCAAAGCUUCCAAAAACAGGAGAAGAGGCUGAUACUUAUGGAGUUUCAGCAGACAGUGGCACGAGGAUGGUACCUGGAGGAAAUGAGACAAUCAAAGCUGGAGGGAAGAAAGUGACAAAACAGGGAAAGAGAAGUUCACAUUGUCCAGAAGUUGCAAAGGCUGCUACUCAAGGCAUACGCAUAGAGAAAGUCACAAAAAUGAAACCUGGAGAAAAAGUGGUGAAGAAUAGGAAGAAUGAAGAGAAAGUACUGGAAAAAGAAACUCUUCACUGUUCAAAUGCUGGUGAAGGUGUAUCCGCAGAGAGAGGCACAAAAGUGAACCCUGCAGGAGCUGAGAUUGUGAAGGCAGGAAAAGAUGAAGAGAAUAUAUUGGGAAGUUCCCACUGUGUGAAAACAAGUUGGCACGCUGCUGCUGAUAGCAUACAAGAAACCACAAAAAUAAUGACUGGAGGAAGUGAGUCAGUGAAGACUGGAAAGAAUGAACUGAAAAUAUUGAAGGGAAGUCCACAGUGUUUUAAAACUAAAGAACAGGCCGCUGUUGAAGAUCUGUCCCAGAAGAAAACAAUAAAAAUGAAACCUGGAGGACGUGACGUGGUAAAUUGUUGCAAGAAUAAAGGGAAUGCAUUGAAGAAAAUUCCACAGUGUUUGUACACUGAAGAAAAGACCAUUGUUCAAAAUUCAUCCAGAGAGAGAGUCACCAAAAUUAAACCUACAGGAAAUGAGAUGGUAAUGACUGCAAGGAAUGAAGAGAGAAUAUUUAAGGAAACUCUACUGUGUCUGAGGACUGAAGAACAGGCUGCUACUCAAAGUUUAUCUCUGGAGAAAGUUACAAAAAAGAAACCUAGAGGAAGUGAGAUGGUAAAGACUGGAAAGAAAGUAGAGAAGGUGUUGGAAGGUCCACAGAAUUUGAAACGAGGGCAACAGACUUCUGCCCUAAGUAUGUCCAUGGAGAAAGCGACAAAAAAUAAACCUAGAAGUGAGAUGUUCAGUGAUAGAAGGAAGGAAGAGAAAAUAUUGAAGGGAAGUCCACAGCAUUUGGAAAUAGAACAGAGCGUUGUUCAAAGUUUAUCCACAGAGAAAAGAACAAAACCGAAACCUGGAGGAGGUGAGAAGGUGAAGACUGGAAAGAAUGAGAGAAAAUUGAAGAAAAGUUCAAGGUGUUUUAAAACAGGUCAUCAGGCUUCUUUUCAGGCCAUAUCAGUAGAGCGAGCCAUUGAAACAAAACCUAGAGGAAGUGGAAUAGUAAAUAUGGGAAAGAAUAAGGUGGAAACUUUGAAGGGAAGUCCACAGAGAUUGAAACCUGGACAAGAUACUGCAUUUGGAGUAUCUAGAGAGAGAGUGCAUAACACUACUGCAUUAGAAAUGAAACAACGAGGAAAUGAGUUGUUGGCUACGAGCAGUGUAAAAGCAUGUAGAAGGGACAAGCAAUAUCAUUCAUUUGUAUCGUUAAAUGAUUGUAAAAGGGAUAAAAAUGGUAAAUUAUUUUCAGAGAAACAGAACAGAAGAAAUACUUUGGAGAGAAUUACAAAUAUAAAUCCAUUUUAUACUUCCAAAUUAGAUUUUAAAGAUGAUAAAUAUAGGAAGAAGAGAGAAAUAAUGUUGGAACUGUUUGGAGAGGAUCCUGAUGAACUUCCAGGAAGUAAGUCUGAUAGCCCUGAUGGAGUUUGUAUGAAAGUUUUACAGGAAAGUAAUUCCUGCUCAAAUUCAGCAAGAGUAUCUAAUCAUUCAGGAGAAAAUGUUAAAUUUGCGAGUUCUUUAGAACAGGAUAGAGGACAAAAGGAUAAUGGGUCGACAUGUCAGCUGAUGUUACUUUCUUGUAAAAGUGAAUCAGAAAGCAACAGUUUGAAUAAAGGAGAAGUAGAACCAGAACACCGUGACCAGCAGAAAGCUAAAGGGUUUGGUGAUCGUGAGCCUAGUUCCUUGUGCCCCAGAAGUGAAGUGCAGAAAGUUGGCUCCCAAAAAUUGCCACAAUUGAAUCAUUCUGCACAACAGAAUAACCAUCAACAAGAGGGUGUAUGUGACUCCAUGACGAACAGAGCUGGUGCAAAUACAUUACAGCAGAAUAAUCAAGUCCGGUCAGAUAUGACAACUCACAAAAAUGAUAUGUAUGCAGUAACCUCCAGAACAACAACCUUACAUGUGGAUACUUUGGGUAAGAGUGAUCAUCAGAAAGACACUGGACCUGAAGCAUGUUUUGAAAGUGAGUUGCUCAUAACAUGCCCCAUGAAAGAUGGAACUGGUACAAUCACACAGGAUAAUACACAAAAGCAAAAUGGAUUUGGACACCAGAAAUCAAGUGAUGUAGCCAAUACAAAUGAUAUACAUCUUACAGGAUGCAUUAAGGAAGGAGAAAAUGGGGAAUUUCACUUGAUAAUAAAUGCAAAAAAUAUAGAUACUUUGUUUCCAAGUCCUCAAAGGGACCACUCUGGCACUACAGUGAAACUGCUUUCGGUAAAUUGUAAUAUAUUAAAGGAUGUUAAUGAUGCAUCAGAUGGACAUUCUGUGAGCACAGAGGGGGUUGUACAUGCUGAUAAGUGUUCAGAAGAUAUCAGCAUGCCAUCAGACACUGCAGAAAGAGUAGCUGAGAAGAAGGUUUCAUCCCCUGAAACAAAUGUAAAUGUGUCUACACUAGAGAUUCCAGAUAUAUCAUGCUCGAAGGUAACCGGAUCUGUGGAUAAGCAUGUUUCUCCUGUGCCAGAUACAUCAGGUUGUGGACAAAAUGGACCAAAUAACCAACACGAUACAGUUGAAAGGUCAGUGGAUAAGCAUGUUUCUCCUGUGCCACAUACAUCAGGUUGUGGACAAAAUGAACCAAAUAACAAACACGAUACAGUUGAAAGGUCAGUGGAUAAGAAUGUUUCAUCUGUGCCACAUAUAUCAUGUUGUGAACGAAAUGAAACAGAUAACCAACACCAUACAGUUGCAAGUUCAUCUACAAGUGAGCCAUUACAGGAUCUGGCAUUACUUUGCAAAAGAAGUGUUCCAGAUUCUUCCUCUCAGCCACAGAUUUUCAGGAUGUUGACAUCAGCAGUGAAACAAACUGAAGUUGAAAUAGCUGGGAAAGAGAAGUGUCUGUCAGAAUCCAACUCUGGAAUGAGGGUAGGCUGCAGUAAAGCAAGCACCAAAUUCCCACAGUCAACUGUAGACCUUAACCAAACUCAGGUUUGUUCUCCUUUACAGACAAAUAUUCCAAACAGCAAGGAAACCACUUCUGCUAUGCAUAGCUCUAGACCUACAGUCAGGUCUGAUCAGCUGCAGCCUGAGUCAUUCCAAGCAAACAGCAAAAGUACAGAUGAUAAGCCCCCACAAGAGAGUGAUGUUCCUGUUUCUCUUACUUUACCGCGGAUUAGGGUUCGAGAUCCAGAGAGUUUGGGAAUUAUUCACCAUAAGAAGUCAUUUUUUAAAGAAAUGGAUACAAAAUUGUGUGAAUUGACACAAAUCACAUAUGUAUUAUUGCAAGAUAUGAAUCGUAUUCUUCACCGUCUCAGAGCAAUAUGUUGCCUGACAGGUACCUUGAAGGAUACAGAAACAGCUUUGGCAAAGGCAGAGCAUACAACCCAUCACCAAAUUGUUAAAGCCAAAACAUUCCUUGACUUGUAUAAGUAUGUUGAAAGAAGUUUCUCAGAUGAAAGUAAAGGUAUUCUGAUUAAACGUCUAAGUGAGUUGAAUCCUCAUUGGACUUAUACUUCAAGACAGUUAGAAAUGUGUCAGAACUAUUGCUUUUGGGUACUCAGGAAUAGUCAGAUGAGCGUGGAAAAUUUGGGUAGUAUGUCAAGUCAGGUCACAGUUUCGUCAGUUUCAUUAAUACAGCAGAUUUUGCAACACAGUUUUCAGCAGCAGCCAGUAGGCGUUCCAAUUCAAAGUAAUGUUGCCUCAAAUACAAAUAAUCAGGUCUUACCUCUGUUGCAAGCACGAGGACAAAUUCCAUCGAGCAGUGAAGCAAAUAUCAAUUCAAAACAGCAAACUUCUGAAUCUAUGCAGAAUGUUCCAUCUAUUGCACCAGUACUGUUUACAUCUAGUAGAAAUGAGGUGGUGACCCACACCGGAGGUCCAGCAACUGAUGCUACAUAUGAUGUAUGUAUGAGGGAAACAGGAUCACAUUUGAAUCCAAGACAUGCUCAGACCGUAAACAUCCCCCAACAACAAUUGCCUAAUUAUAAUCUUGCGCAAACUCAGAACCCACCAGGUAGACAAUUUACAUACUCAAAUUCUAUUUCUUAUAUACCACAACCUGUUCAUGAAACUGAUAGAGCUAUUCCACUUGCACAAAGCCAAGUUUUAAAUAUGCCACCUAAAAAGAGAAAAGUCCCUACAAUACUGGCACAUUCAUAUAACGUGCAACAUACUACACCAUAUGCAGUUCCAAAUGUUCCUGUUUCUCAUGGGAACAGAAGUGCAGUUUCAGGAUUUACAGGCUCUGUGCCUGUGUCUGGCUCAGGCUAUUCACUACCAAAUUCUUUGAGUAACUCACAUGCACCAAAUCUGCAGGUUGCACCAUCUCAUUACACAUCCAACAAUCAGAAUCAAACUAUACAACAAAGAAAAUUGGCAUACGAUUCGAGUAGAGCUGCUUUCAAAAAUCCAUCAAAUCAACAUACCUAUCAGCACAUGUACUUACGCACUUUGAAUAAAAAUUCAGCUUUGAAUAAAUCAGCUCAAAACCCUGUCAAUCAACCACACUCUCGAAAUGAAGCCAUACAAAGGGAUACAUUCCCUCAACCUGUGAUUAAUACACGAAAUUCUUCCAAUCAGCCUUACCCUUGGAAUGAAGCCAUUAAACAGCAUACAUUUUCUGAAUCAGUUGGUAAUCCUCCCAAUACCUUGCAACAGGGUGUAUCUUCACAUUAUAUGAAUAAUGUUGCUGCCCGAAGUUCAGCUGCAAAUUCAUCCAGUCGCCCCUAUGUACCAAAUCAGGUCAUAAAUCAUGGUAUGUUUUCCCAUCAGUUGAGUAAUGCCCCUUCAAAUAGAGUAACUGGAGGCACAACUAAUGUUUCAUUACGUGAAUUGUGUGCAUCUGCUGCUGGUCCUAUGGGAGAAGUUCAUGGUUAUAUGCAUCCAAUAGGAAAUAGAUUUUGUGGAACACAACAACCACCACCACGUUAUAUAGCGCCACCACCACCUUAUAUACCACUAUCAUCAAGCUACACACGAGUGUCACCACAUGCUCAGAAGCAAGUGAGUGUUCAAGAACACCAUGUAUCUGCCGCUCAAGGAAACACAGGAUCCUACAAUGGAGCAUCUUCUGGGAUCCCUCAGCAACACCAGGCACCUCCAGUAGCUUCUGAAUUACAAAUGCAGUUAUGUGGAACAACACAGUCUAUUAUAAGUCACAGACGAGGAUCACAUGGAAGAGGAAAUGCUAAUGAUGUAGCAAGUAACAAUUACUGCAAUGGGGGAAUCACCCAGAAUGCUCCAGCAAAUAAUUUUUUUGAUAGGGUCAGCAACCAGAAUGGAUCUCCUGGAAACAAUAUAUUAAGAAAUCAGCUUUUUGAUAAGGAGAUCAAUCAGAGUAGAUUUCUUGUGAAUAGAGCAACAGAUAACACACUGUCUGACCAUAGAAACACGUGGAGUGAACCAGCAAGUAAUGUUUAUGACAAGAGAAAAACACACUGUGAACCAGCAAGUAACAGUCUCUCUGAAAGGGGAAAGAAUCAGUAUUUGUCUGCAGGUAGUGGAGGAUAUAACAGUUUGUUUGAUGGGAUAGACAGCCUAAGUGGACCUGUUCCAAACAGUACAGCAAAUAACAGUUCCUGUGAAGGGGAAAACAGACAAAAUGUAUCUCUUGCAAAUGGCCAGUUUGAUAGGAGAAACAGUCAAAGUAGGCCUCUUCCAAAUAGAACAGCAGAUAAUCUCCAUGACAGGGAAAACAACCAGACUGGAUGUCUUCCAGUUAUUACAUGUAACAGGCUCUUUGAUAAGGGAAACAGCUGGAGCAGACCACCAGCUCCGGCCAAUAUUCCAUCUUCAGUAACGUUUCAGGCAAGAUUCGAAGGUGUUCAGCAGCAUUCAAAGAAACCAACUCAGAAGUUACCUGGUUGUGAGGUUGGCCACCAAAAUGUAAAUAAUGUAGCUCAGCAUUUGUCUGGAGCAUCAAGUUAUCCGUCUACGGAAAAUCCCAUUUCUGAGAUUGGGCAGCAAAAUGUGAAUAAUAUGACUCAGAAACAUUUGUCUGGAGCAGCAAAUGUUUCAUCUGCAGAAAAUCGAAAUGUUAAUGGUAACAGUGGCUUCUUAAAAGUAAAUACCAUAUCUGAGGGUACCCGUCUUGAAGACCCUCAACUUGAAAGUAAUUCAAACAUUACUGAGACCCCUGCUUCUCUCCCAAAUUCACAACCCUUGUUCGAUGUUAAUCAGCAAUCCAGUCUUUGCAGAAGCCAACAGAGACAGUUGUCAAGCAUAGUGACUGCUCAACCUGAACUGUCAAGGAACACUCCUGUUGGUAUAGUUCAAGCAUCUGGGAAUCCCGGUUGUGUUCCUGGUUCUUCUGCUCAGGCAACAGGAAUCUCAUCUACUGGCCAUACUGCAGAAACCUUGCAUUUGCAUGUUUGUGAGCCACGUAGUACAAACCAUGUUACACUUAGUGCAACAGUAAGUGAACCACCUGAAAAGGCUGUUCCAGAUCAACAGAGCACUAACAGCGCAUUAAGGACAGAGAUUCAGCAAGAAACAAGUGGCAGACCUACAUUACGGACGUUCAGGAGGAAGAGUGGCAAUGACAACCUAAGAAACGAAACAGUUAGUGUUGAAGUUGUUGACCCUAGAAAUGAUGUUCAGCUUGAGACUGAAUCUGAAUGCCUUGGGAUUGAUGUUACAUCAAAACAAUCGGAGGAGGAAGAAGUAACCAUUCUCACAGUGGAGGAAUGUGUUUCCAUAUCCAAUUCUGAAACUUCCAAAACAACAACAUUGAAUAAAAUUCCAGCUGCCAUGGUGGAUGAAGCCGGAGGAUCUGAUUCAGAAGUGGAGGUUAUUUGUGAAGUACUGCCACAAUCACGAACUGUUUCUCGGGACAGUGGUUACAAGACACCAUCUCCCAUGGCUGGAGAUGUUGGGACUGGAAGUGAUCAGAAGGAAAUUCCUGUGAAGAAACUAGAUUUUCAAAUGACAGAAAAUACAUACCAGCCUGAAGACACACUGCUGGUAGGCGAAGAGUAUGAAGACAAUAAACCUCUCCUGGAAGAGGAUUACAAGGAUAGCAAACUACAGACAUGGUUUGAGUGUGAGGAUGCAGUAUCAGCAGCAUGGUACAAUACUGAGCUGACUUCACUGAUGUGGCAGGAAUCAGAGGUGGCAGUUGUGAGAGAGAAGAUGGAGUCUGUUCAGUGUGCAGUUUGUGAGAAGCCAGCAGAGGUCAAGUGCUCUGGAUGCCUCGUCACAUGCUACUGCAGUGCAGAAUGUCAGCUAGAGGAUUGGAAUACCACACAUCAUACUGUGUGUUGUGCAGGACUGGAUGAAUGAUUUCUUCUGCAUCUGUGGCAGUUGAUAUAUAAAGGUACAGAGGAUAAGAGUCAACAGAUGGAGAUUGUAGAAUUGGAUUAAGGUAUAAAGUUAAACAAGACGUACAUUGUUUAUGACACAGUAUAAAAUGAUACAUCUGAAAUUAUAAAGAUCCUGUCAGAAUUCUCUUGAAGCAAAAAGACAUUUUUAUGUAUGUAUCUUUGUGUGUGGGUAUAUUUGCAUCCAUGCUAAAUUAUAAUGGUCAUUAGUAAUAAAUGAUUGUUCAGAUUCAUUGAACAUGUUAGGAGAUGUUUCUUUCCAUUAAUGUCAUCAGAAAUUUUAGGAUAAUCUGAACCAAAGUUUUGUGUUUUAUGCAUUAUUUGAUACUGUUUAUUCAAAGUAACAAUAUGAAAUUAAAAUAUAUGUAAUAAAAUCCUUCAGAAUUUUCAUACUGUAUAGGUAUAUUGUGAUGCGUGAUAGCAAAAUUAAAUAGUCUUUCAUCCAGUGACAUUCACAGCCUUCUGAAGUAGCUAACAUUGUUUCAAUGGAUGGAUGGAUGUUUGGCAGCUGUCUAAGUGUGCCACUGUGUUGAUACAGUUCAGGGAAUUGUUUACAUUUCAGAUGGAAGAAAUUUGAUGUUGUAGUGGUUGUUGCUGAUGUGAUUGACAUGGUUUGUGAUGCAUUUGUGGCAUCUGUAAAAGUUACAUGAUAAAUUCUUUAACCAUAUCUGAAUUGGUUGGUUUGGUAUUCCUUAUGUUGUGCAAUAACAGUGUAUGUCUUAUAAACAUGCUGUGGCUUGGAAACAAUGUUUAAAUACCAGCAUCCUUAUUAUCAAAGUAUCCGUCAAUAAUGCAACACUAUAAAAGACAUUAAGAAUAUGUUUUACACUAAAAAUGUAUUUCAGUACUUUUUGAUAAUAUCAAAAUCAUUACAUGUCAACAGGACAUUAAAAUCACAUUCUUUACAUUAAAAGUGAUUAUCCAGUUAUCUAAAAUGUCUUUAGUCAUAUAUUUGUUCUAGUUUUUGACAUGUUUCGGCCACAUGGGCCAUCAUCAGGUACUUUAUUUUCUUUCGGGGAGACCACUGCACUGUAUACUUGUUCACUGUGCUUCCAUGGAUGUAAUAUAUAAUUCUAUCUAACGAUCAGAAUGCUGUCGUUGCACUCUGUUGAGGCUAUCGUAGGUUUUGUGUGAUGUAUGAUUACUUGUGUGGUCUACCUGUGUACUGGAGAUGCUAAAAUAUAAUAAGUUUAAUUACCAGGUUUUAUAUUAUGACACAGUAGGUUAAAUGUGAUACCUCUGUUAUUUAUGGACAGCCAUUACAUUUUAGGUACAUGAUGAUACCCUCAUAAGUUAAUAUGUUGUGAUAGUUUACUUUGUUGAAAUUGAAUUAUUUUGUAAGUGUAAUAUUAACCUGCAAGGGCCUGUGAACAAGCUUUUUAAGUACCUGGACUGUGUACUACAAGAAAUAAGAGGUGUUAUUAUGUUAGUGUUAUGUAAGUUAUAUUCAUUUUUAAGAUUACAGUACAUUAAGCCUUUGACCACUGUUUAUUUAUAUUCAUAUAUUCAUCCAUAUUUUGUGUAGUUUUACAGCAUAUUCAUCUCUACAGCUGAGGUCAAAAAAUUUGUAGUAAUGUCUAGGCUAAGAAUACUCAAAUCUUAUCUCAGUCUCAAAAUAUUCAGAGAAGUACUGUAUGCACCAUCUUGCUACUGUGACACAAAUACUCGUGUAAUAUCGAGAUGCCCUUUCUCAGUAGCAAAUACAAUUCUGAGUGACAAUUAUCAAAAUACUUCUACAUGUUAGUCAGAAGAUGACCGUAAGGCUUUGGUUGGUGCAGGUGGCAUAGGAGAAUGAGAAAAGAAUGUGGAAUUAUUGAUUGGUAUUCGUGGGGAAAGUGAUGUGAUAUUGCAUACAUUAGCCGGAAAUAUCCAUAUCAUAGUGGGAAGUUUAUGUGCCCUUAUUGGUAAACGUUUAAAAAUUCACUGUAUAUAUGUAAACAGUUUUCAGGGUGCAUAUACUGAAGAUACGAUUGCCAUUCUAAUUAUUAUGCCAUUUAAAAUAUGGUUUUUUGUUAUUUAAAUAUUGGUAUGAAAGCCUACUGGAACUUGUACAGGUACCAGAUUCAUCAUUGGAUUGUGUUUCAACCAACCAGAUGAGAAAUAGAUAGCCAGGAAAUCACUUAUUGUGUUUACCUUUUUGAAGACCAGUAUAGUAAUAGUAAUGUAGUUUGCUUAGGUGCCAUUGAGUAAAGAUUCUAAUUAACCUUUCAUACUAUUAUUUUGAAUAAGUUUCUUGAAUGAAGAUAAUAUAAGGUAGAGUUUGGAAACAGGACCAUUGACUGUAAAAUUAACUUAAUUUUUGAAGUGAAAGAUAUAAUUUAGUAAAUACUAGUACAUAUAUUUCUUUUCUUUGAAGCCUGAUUUGGAAAUAAAGACAAGACUUCUCAUCAGUGCCUCAGUCAGAACACAUUUGAUGCGUUAUAUGUAACCAUUUCAUAUUAAAUUUAUGUAUCCUGAUGGUAGCAGUCAGUUGAUUGAUAUAGGUUUAAGAAAACAUUAUAGGGUGUUUAGCAGGGUGAGGGAAAGGGGACAUUAUUUGCUAUUUCUGCUGUUAAAUAUAGCAUAGUGUUAAACAUCAGUACUUUUCAUUUUGAAUAUAAUUUUAACAAAUGUAUGCAGAAAUUUAUCAUUGCCUGUUUAUCACCAGUAAGGCACUGUUGGAACAAGUGUUUGUUUACAAGAAAAACUCUGUUAUGUAGGUACUUCACAUACAUUUUGUGUACAGCCUGAAUUUUCCAUUGAUCACAGCAAUUCUGCACUUCCUUUAAAUAACCGAUAGGCUCGAAUGUCGAUAAAAUCAGUUUAUUAAGGUUUUAUUUUUUGCUACAUGUUUCAGUCAUUUACAACCAUCAUCAGGCAUUUAUAAAAUGUAAAAUCCAUCUAUGUUCUUCACUGGACUCUGUAUUGUAAUGGAUCCACUUAAAAGUUUUAAAUAGCAUUACAGUUUUUAAUAUAUUGAAACACUUAUAUAAUAAUAAUUUUAAAAUAAGCUUUAUUAAAUUAGGUAAGUGCAAUGUGUCUUGUAUGUUAUUUAGUUCCCUUUCUUUUGCUGCUUUUGUUACUGGGUAUAUGUGAACAAUGUGCACUAAGUAUUGUACAAGACAUUGCAUAACAAUGAAUACAAUAAAAAACUUAAACACAAGACAUUCAAAUCAGUGCAAACACCACAAAAAUACAGAUAGAGAACACCAGAAAACGAAAUGUGCCAUUUUUAAGUGGAAAAGAAAAUUCGAAAACUUUAUGGACACAAAUAAGAAUAGCAUUUUGAACAAGAAGCACAAUACAAAAGAUGGUAAAACCACAUCCACAAAUAGAUAUAAAAAAAUGGUGUGUACCAUAUGAAAUGCAUUGAUUACCCACUAAAAUAAAUAGGGCAAACAGGCUGAAUAUUUUAUACCAGAUAUAAAUAGUAGACACAUGCAAUUAGGAAUAACAUCAGUAACUCUGGGAUAUUCAAAUCACAUAUUAAGUACGGGACACUCAUACAGGAGCAUAACUGAUUCAAAGAAAAUUAUGAAACUAGAGAGAAAGGAAAAGCAUCCGAAUACAUUGGAGAACUACCACAGUAGAAACAUUAGACAUGAAUGAUGCCCAUAUUGAUGCCAAUAACCCAGUAUUUGAAAAACAUCAGAUAGCAAGCACUCAGUCUAGACACACACAGCAGGAAGACCCACCCAGUACUAUGGAAUACACACGUGUGUAGAUGGGACUACACAUCAGAUAUUAGAACCACAAAAACGGAAGCAGCAGUUUUCACCAACAAUUUUAAACACCUGAUGAUGACCAGUGUCAGUCGAAACAUGUAGUGUAGAAAAUUUUUAAAAUAAGUUUUAAAAAGAUGUAAUAUCUUCCAUGCAACACGUCCUUUUCAAAACUUAUUUAAAAGUUUUAGAAGGACGUGUUGCACAUAAGACGGUGAAUCGGUGACAUUUGUUGGAUUAUAAGUGAUGUGCAACAGGAUGCUAGAAUAUAAUAUUUUUGUCCCAUAACACAAAGUAUGAAGUGGUUACAACCAAGUAUGGCAGCUAAGGAUCUGAAAUAGCAAAGUUCAGUUUUGAUUCCAUCUUCUCAGUUUCAGGACAUGCAUGACCAAAUUGCAUUCAUGUGCGAGGUUUACAUCAUAGAACUUGGUUGCAUCACUCUUAAAACCAAAGGGAGGUAUUGGUUUGAUGCUGUAUGCAAUAUAUAAUUUAUAAGUGUUAAGAGCGAACUUCAUCUUACAUGAAUUAUCUGCGGUCUUUUGUAGAUGAUCAUCUUUUUUAAUGUUGCUUCAGCUCACCUCAGACUGUAAAUACAACUAUAUUGUGUGUUAUGUUUAGUAUUUAAAUUCUCAGGUUUUUCUCAUUUGAUCUUUAGCUCCUGUUGCAGAUAUGUCUACUUGUUGGUAACACGUUUUGUAAAUUAAAAGUACUUCAUGACACCAUGUCUUGUCAAUCCUUGAAAAUUAAUGUAUCUUAUGUUUUACACCUAGAACUGAACACCCACAUAUUUAUGCCGUAGUUAUCCUCUGGAAUCUGUGAUCUGUUGAAGCAUUAGGAUAGUACUCUACUCAUGAGUGCAUUCACUGAGAAUAAAAACCUGAAAAUGGUCCUCUCAGUUAUUUGGGCACUUUGGGGAUGCACAGCCAGAGAUGCAUGUGUGUGCAUGCAUACCAUACCAAAAGCCAAUUUUAGUUUAUGGGCAUCAGAAAUUUACAUAUCAAAAUCUAUUUACUUUCUGCGCAUUAGAAAUUUACAUAUCAGUUAAAUCUUUGAGAUAAGUUUUCUCUGUUGUUACAGUGCCUUAUAAGUGAAAACGCGAAGAAAACACUUUCAUAUAGGUAUAUGGCCUAAUGUAUCACUAGCAAUACAUCAUCGCUGGUAAUCAUGAAAUUUGAGAAGUGUUAAGAUGCAUUCCUUUUCAUUGUGACAAUAUAAUUUCAGUUGGUACAGCUGUUGUUGGCUUAAAAUGUACUGUAAUUCCAAAAUAAUUGUGUUCAUUGUAUUUUAUUGUAAUCAGUUUGUGUUUAAACUAGUUGUGAAUGACCUGAUGUUAUUUAAAUAUAUAUUUUUCACUUUUAUAAAAAUAUUGUACAAAAAAUUGUAACAUCUUGCAUUAAGCAAAUUAUGUUACUUAUAUUGCAGAAGUGAUAAGAAAAAUAAAGCUUGUGUACAUAAUUUAUCUGAAUCAGUCACAUUGAAGCAAUACAGACAUACAGCAAUAAACCACCGAUUUUACAUA